UUAAAGCAGGGCUCGAAAGAAUCGUAGAGUGUGCUGGGACUGAUGAUCAAUGCUGGCUUUGUUUUGAAAACGGGCAUGUUUACAAUUGACGAACGCUUGUAUUUCAACCUAUUGUAGAACUUUAGCCAAAACCCUCGAUGGUCGGUGGAUAAAACUGCCCCAUACCGGGUAACUUAAAUGCAAUGUGACUUUGCAUUUUGAUGUAUACCGGAGUUUGGGUGAAUGUAGUGAAUCAUCAAGCGUUUUGAAUUAAAGCUAAUCUUUACGUACACAUUGCGAGUCAAAAUCCAUGGAUUAUAUAAAUCCUAUCCAGAACAAGAGAAGGCGCAGUGGAGAGAUGGAACAAUGGCUCAAACAGUCGAAAAGGCUGUGCAGUGGACUUGGAGGCUGUGGUCAGGUUGAAUAUAGUGGGGUGAUGGAAACUCCAAUGGACACGUGGAAUCCCCCAAACCAAGGCCCUCAAAAUGGACAUGGUGCCAACGGCCACAUCCCUGGCAUGCAGGUUUUAGGAGCUACAGGACGUGGUGCAGGACAGUUUUGCCCCAGGUGUAUGGCAGGUGAACCUGGCCAUAUAAACCACAUGAUGAGGUAUUAAUCUCCAGGGCCAAUGACUGCUGCUGGUGAACUGACUGAAUAAAGGGGAAAGAAAAGGAUUGACACAGGGAAGCAAUUCACGCUGUAGUGUGUGGUUUCCUGUAUAGUUUGUGCCUUUAACAUGUAUUUUCCAACCCUUGUCUUGUACUGUUUUGUAGAUAUAUAUAUAGUUUACAGUACCAUAAACGCUCCAGAAACAUGCUGGGAAAAGUAAUGAUGUUUGGAUUAAACCGAAGUCAAGUGAAGUGUUUGUACAACUUCAGAAACGUUGUAUUGUAUAACUUUUUUGUACUGUGCUGCUUGGCAAACAUGAUACAUUUUCCAGUCUGAUUGGUCAUGUUUUAAAUAACUUUUGUUCAUCCACUGUCAUCAAAAUGAAUGGGAAAAAUGACACGGUUUAAAAUAUAUUAAUUAUAUGAAUCAUAUUUUUAUAGAUUAUUUUUCUAAAAACUGAAAUGAUGGUGUUUAGAGUAUUAAAUACAUGAUAAUUCCAGUGUAGAUUUUUUUUAAUGGAAUAUUUUAGGAUUUUUGUAUUAAUUUGGUGGAUCAUUAUUUUUCUGUACCUUAACAAACAUGUAGCCAGUGUUAACAUUACAAUGUUUAGUGUUUUUGCAGGUUACAACUCUGUUGUUUUGUUGUUUUAUCCUGAUUAGUUUACUAAUUUAAAUGUUUAAUAACUAAUUUUGAUGUCACCUUUUUCGAUACCAAUGCAGUAUAUUUUACAUAAAGUAAAAUUUGAGAGAA